AUGCGGGAGUUGGAAAAGGAGAACAAGGCUAUUCUUGAGGCACAGAGUAAAGGCGCAUUUUGUGAAACGGUGAAUUAUGGCAAAGAAGAUAACUUUACUAUAAACUUGCAAAAACUUCUUAACAAAGCUUUAUGGGAUUAUUGUUUGACAUACCUACUUUUAUGUAGUAACAACAAAGAUGAUAAUAAUAAUAAUAAUAAUAAUAAUAAUAAUAAUAGAGUGAAGUCUACUUGCAACUGGGGUUCAAGUGCAUUUGUGCGCAAUCUCACUUCUACUGAAGAUGUUGAUGCUGGUUUGGUUAUUCUAGAAGUUGUAGCAAUAAUGUGUGCUAACGAUAUAGAGGAGGAGAAACAACUAGAACGAUCUCUUUUUGAUGCUGAUGAGCUAGAUAAUUUAAAUAGCAAUGAAGAAGGUGAAUUAAGCUCUUCCACUAUGGGGAUAUCUAUUUCUUCCACAAGGACUGUUUCUCUGGCACGCAGACGUUGGACUGCCGGUCAUUUAUUUCAGUUGCGCUUGACCCAUACAGAACUUCAGCUUCGUCAUGACAGUGCUCAUCUUGUAGUGAAUACUAAUUUUAGUUCUCAAACUAAGAAGGGAAUACCUGGUUCUCAUAAUUACGAUCAUAUACGACUCUUUCCAAAACAUCAAGGUCGCUUAGAGACAUUACCACUUCCUCGACGCAUGCGAGUAAGUUCAUCCUCCAAUCCGAUAAACCCAAAGGAGGAUCAAUCUAUGGAUGUAUUUUUACAAGGUGUUGAUUUAAAUGCUAUUGUAGAUAUUUUAUGUGAACGAAUUGAAAGAGGUGAUAAUGCUGUUGCUACUCAUGGUGUGGUGCCUGUUGUACGUGUUACACUUCCGUUUAUGGCACCCUCACCGAAACAAUUAUGGGAAAAAAUAUUGAGUAAAAAAUCUAGUGCAGUUGCUGGCGCCGGAGCAGAGGUGAUGGCCAAGGCUAGGGUCUCGAAGUGA